AUGCGUUUCUCUGUCGUUUUCACAGCCGCCCUGUCCGCACCUCUUCUUGCAGGCGCCCGCCCUCUGGAUGUGAAGAGAGAGGCCUCUCCCCAAGAUUACGGUGAUUAUAACCCAUAUGCCAAUUAUGGGACGUAUGUCCCUCCUCCGACUACCACUACGACCACUUCCACUACACCUACCACGUCUACGACGUCUACGACGUCUGCCACCUCAACCACCUCGACCACCUCGCCCACGACUGCCGGUGGCUAUGGGCAGUACGCGGAUUAUAAUCCCUACAAGAGAGAGGCCGCCCCAGAGGCCAAUCCUGACGGCUAUGGUGACUACAUUCCAUAUGCCAAUUAUGGGACCUAUCCUACUUCUUCGGCCACCACCCCUAGCACCAGCACUUCUACGACGUCUACGUCUACCACUUCGACCAGUUUUGCUACUUCGACCACGACCGUGGACGGAUAUGGAAAGUAUGGCGACUAUAAUCCCUACCGCAAGAGGGAGGCCGUCGCGGAUGCGAACCCCGAGGGCUAUGGUGACUAUGCCGACUACGGCUCCUACUCUGCUCCCGCCACCACCACCACCACGACUCCGGCAGGAUACGGCGACUACGCCAACUAUGAACAGUAUCCCACCCCUACUAGCACAACCACGACUGCUGGGGGCUAUGGGCAAUAUGCUGAUUAUAACCCUUACCCUUUGAAUUAA